AAUAAAAAUAGUCACCCACCCUGCACAGUGAUAAGCAGGAGAGGAAAAAACUGCAAGAGAGAAGACUGUAGAGAGACUGCCUAGCACUUUACGAGGUGUGUGUUUAUAAAGCCAAUUUUCACAUUAAACCAUGGUGGAGGAGCAAUUACAUCCCUCAGCAAUGCAAGAUUUAGAGACUGAUGAUAGCGGCUUACAAUCCAAUGAGAAUGAGGAGAAGAAGUUAAAAGAGGAGGAUGUAAGCAUGAAAGAUGUCCCUGUUCAUGAAGGUAAGCCUUUGGAACACUGUGAUACUGUUAGUUUAGUACACAAAGGCACAGGAGAUGCUAUUGAUGAUAAAGUGGAAAUUAAGGAAGAAACUUCUCCAGAAGUUGAGGAGACACCGCCAUCAAAUAAUGAGACAACACAAAUAACAGACAAAGACACAAGCUCAAUAGAAGAAGACAAGACAGACGAUGAGAAAUCCACGAAUAACAAAGUGGCCUCUGCAGUGGAUGUAGAAACACAUGAGAAAACACCUGAAAAAGAUAUAGAAGAAGAUCAGUCUUGCAAAGAUAAGGAAACUGAGAGCAGUGAUGGGAAAACUGAAAGCAAAGAGGGAAGAGAGAGUACAGAUGGUGAAACUCAAAGCAAAGAAGAUGGAACUAAACAGACUUUAGAUGAGAAUAAGGAAAGUGGGAGUGCAAGUAAUGAGACAAACAGUGAUGUAAAAGACAAGAUUCCAGCUUCACGUUCACCAAAUAAAGAAAUAUCAAAGGGGAAAGAACGUCCAGAGCGAAAAACUGAUCUGCCCCGCUCUAGAACUAUGCCAAAAUCAUAUGGAAGAGCUACGAAAAAAGAUAUUGCAGAGAAGUUUGGAGGGGUGGCUACAUCAGGUGUUCGUGUCCAGAGAUCGACAAGUUGUGGAGCAAGUGCGGUGAAGAACAUGUUACUGGAUUGGUGCCGGGCAAAAACAAGAGACCAUCAGGGUGUUGAAAUACAGAAUUUCUCCAGCAGUUGGAGCAGUGGCCUUGCUUUCUGCGCACUCAUCCAUGCCUUCUUCCCAGAUGCCUUUGAUUAUGAUUCUCUUGACCCAAAGAACAGAAGAGGGAACUUUCAACUUGCAUUCAGCACUGCAGAACAACUUGCUGACUGUCCACCACUGUUGGACGUAGAGGACAUGGUGCAUAUGAAGGUUCCGGACUCUAAAUGUGUUUACACCUAUGUGCAAGAACUGUACCGCAGCCUAGUCAGUAAAGGCCUUGUGAAGACUAAGAAGGCCUGAACCAAGCACUGAUUUUAAAUGUUCCUAUAGGUGUUGACUAAGAAGUUCCUGAUCAUUUUUAAAAACAGUGGACUCAGAUUAAAAACAAAAAAAAGUGAAUUUAUAAACAUUAUCUAACAAAUAAGCUACAAUUACAUAGUACUACAAUGCAUCAUAUGCACACCAUUAUUCUAUGCCUUAUGUACACUAUGCAUUAUAUAUACAAAAUGCAACAUGAAACACAGAAUCUAAAUAUUGGAAUUUGCAUUGCAAACAUACUACACAAAAACUGAUAUUAUAUUCAUAUAUUAAAAAUGCUGAGUAGAUCAUAUUACCAGAGAUAUAUUUAUUUUUAGUAAAUAGAAAAUUAGUUUUCCUGUGUCCACAACAGAAAAAUUGUAGAUAUAAAUAAAUAAUAUAAUUCUCUCGGCUAUACAAGGCAGCAUUACAUUUUGGGGUAAUACCUCCCCUACCAACUGAUAGAAUCGGAAGAAAAAACCCAAAAGCAGAUAAGAAACCCUUACAGAAGACCUCUAGUCUUUUUUUUCUGUCCAUUCAGCAGGUCUGGUCAGGGAACCAACCUUUCUUUUUUUAUCUUUUGGUUCAACCCGCUCCUUUUUUUGUACAGUGCUUAAACUUUUCUUGCUGAAAAUCCCAGAUGACAUGCAGGUGACAUCCUGAAAUUUUUUCUUAGUGGCUAUAGAAUUCAGUCUGCACUGACCACUGUCAUAGUAGCAUUAUGUUGAUAGGUAUUGGCAAAUAGUCUCACCAAGCUGUGUGUAGCUGCGGUGAUAUGAACAGUGCCUCCCUCCCGCUCCCCGCACCCUAAGUAUCCUUAGAGAUUUCAUGGCUGUUAAUGUUUAUUGUGUUUAACCUAAUUUAUUUAAUGUGCCUUUACUUCACUGGGGUUCUAGGUUUUCUGUCAGUUGUGGGUCAGUCCAGAUAGUACCUCCACCAGAUAUUCUCACCUACAUUAAGUAGUCUGUGUAGCAAGCUAUUAAGGAGGCAUCAGGAAAUCUAAUGAGGAGGGAGGUCCAGAAGAUGAAUUCAUCUUCAUCCUAUGAUAAGUGUGAGGCAUCUAAGACAAGGAAUAUUCAAGACUUGGAGUCAGAUAGCAAUUUCUCAGCUGUGUUAAAAUUUUCAUAUUUACCAUAAGUUUCUUUUCUCAGCUAUUACGUGACAUCAUUAUGUUCCCACACAUGUUUGUCUAGUAAUUAAACAGGGGUUCCUCUGUUUCCGGUUCCUUCCUAUAAAGACUUUGGUUUUCAUCCUAUAAGCUGAGAGGAAAGUAGCUGCCUAUAAGUCUAAUGCCGUGAAAUAGCCAGGAACGAAAAUAACAGCAAGUAUGACGAAAAGUUUCUGUUUAUCCAUGGCAUUAGACCCUAGCCCAUAAUAACAUCAUAUACUCACUAAAUACACUUAGACUCGUUGCAUUCUUUAUAUAGCAUGCCUAAUAUAUGCACUUUGCACAUGUCCAUAAGAACAUAGAACUUCCCAUUCACAAGCAUGUACAUUAUGAAAAAUGGGAGCACCUUCAGAAGUUUUGUCUAUAGCUGUGCCCCAGUAAAUACAUCAUUUUGACCGGCAUUAGGUUAAUUUCAUAAUUAAAAUAGCCCAGAUAAAAAAUCCAAACAUAAUCACUUUAUAGUCUUAUAAACCAUUCUUCUUUGUAACUGAUUCUACUUGCUUUAAAAUCUUUCACUAUCUGCUUGCCAGGGGCAUUCUGAUUCUUAUAUUGGAGGAUGAUGAAUUUAAUAGCAAGACAUGAUACUGUGUUUAUCCUAGGUUCUAUGGAAGAACUCCUAACCAAGGCGUGGGUGUGGACUUAAUUUUACUAUCACCCUCUGAUAUAGCCUGGUGUGUUAAACAUAGCUACACUGCAGGGAAAGAACGGCUAUUUUAUUUUUAUUUUGUCUUCAAAAAAGUUUUAUUCUAAAAUAAACAUUCAAUUAUAUCAU